AUGGCAAUUUAUUCCAAAAAUUUAUUUAAUUUUGAUAUUUCAAAUAUUGAUAUUGGAAACAAAGAAGCCAAAAAUUUUGUAAAAAAUUCUCCAAAAUGUGAAUUUGAAUAUAUUACCGAGUCAGCUUUAAACGAAGAAUUUUUAACUAAAAAUUUGGAAGAAAAUGGAAAUACAAGGUUUUUUGAAAUUUAA